UCCGCUGAUGGGAAGACUGAGUGCGCGGCCCGGUGGUUCGGGUGGAUGAGGAGGCCAUGGAGAGACGCCGCUUUGGGCUCCGACACGUGUGCGCUUUGACUCUGCUGCUGGUUUCGCUGUGUCCACUGCGCUGCAGAGCCAAUUGGAUGUGGCUCGGGGUGAGCUCGCCGGGGGUUCCGGAGGAGCUGGGCUGCGCCGGCCUCCCCCUGAGCCCCAGGCAGCGGGAUCUGUGCCGGAGGAAGCGCUUCCUGCUGCCCAGCAUCCAGGACGGAGCCCGGCUGGCGGUGGCGGAGUGUCAGAACCAGUUCCGACACGAGCGCUGGAACUGCUCCACCACCCAGGACCCGUCCGUGUUCGGGUUCGAGCUGACGAGCGGAACCAAGGAGACCGCGUUCAUCCACGCGGUGAUGGCUGCGGGGCUGGUCCACGCCGUCACGCGCUCCUGCAGUCAGGGCAACACCACGGAGUGCGGCUGCGACGCGCGGCUGCGCAGCGGCGGCCUGUCUGCGGAGGGCUGGCAUUGGGGCGGCUGCUCGGACCACACCCAGUACGGAACCUGGUUCAGCCGCAGGUUCAUCGACCACGGGGUCAGAAACACGUCGACGACCAGAGGCGGCCACUCGCUGGUCUCCAUGAACCAGCACAACGCCGAGGUCGGCCGACAGGCCAUCGACCGGACCAUGUCCACGGACUGUCGCUGCCACGGCGUGUCCGGCUCCUGCGCGGUGAAGACGUGCUGGAGGACGAUGGCAGCGUUUGGGCGCGUGGGCCUUUACCUGAAGGAGCGCUACGAGCGCAGUGUGCAGGUGUGGGACCGCUCCAAGAGGAAGAACAAGAGGAAGGACCCACGACGGGUUCCGAUCGACAAACACCAGCUCAUCUUCUUUAACAAGUCGCCGAACUACUGCGUGGAGGACCGGCGCCGGAGCGUCGCCGGCACCAGGGGGCGGCGCUGCAACCGAUCCUCGACUGGACCGGACGGCUGCGGGCAUCUGUGCUGCGGCCGAGGCUACAACACGCACGUGGUGAGACACGUCCAGCGUUGCGAGUGCAAGUUCGUCUGGUGCUGCUACGUCCGCUGCAGGCGCUGUGAGAGCAUGAACGACACGCACACGUGCAAAUGAAGAGCGGUGGUACCGUUUGAAACGUGACGUCGGCGGACAUGAAGCAAGUUGGUGCGUGACGUCAUCCUCCACACUCCCACUGGGAGACGAGAGGAACAGGUUCUACAGAACACCAGUCUACUACUACAACCAAAGUGUGAUCUCUGACCUAAUGAUGACAUUCUGAACUGUAAAAUAAGAUGAGAAACAAAUAAAACGCCCUUACAAAUCAGGACAAAAAGCUGGAACUUAGUUUACACUUCAUUUUUUAGACAUAAUAAAUGUUUGAGGUGGGUUGAA